GGCGGCCGCGCGCAGCACGCUCAGGGCCGGGAUGGCGGCAGCGGCUGGAAGCGGGGCGCCCCGGGAGGAGGAGGGGCCUGGAGGGGAGGCAGCGGCCUCACAGGCUCAAGCUCCGACGAGUGCCCCGGGGGCUCGUCUCUCGAGGCUGCCUUUGGCGCGAGUGAAGGCUUUGGUGAAGGCGGACCCCGACGUGACGCUAGCGGGACAGGAAGCCAUCUUCAUUCUGGCGCGAGCCGCGGAACUGUUUGYGGAGACCAUUGCAAAAGAUGCCUACUGUUGUGCUCAACAAGGAAAGAGGAAAACCCUUCAGAGGAGAGAUUUGGAUAAUGCAAUAGAAGCUGUCGAUGAAUUUGCUUUUCUGGAAGGUACUUUGGAUUGAUUGCUGAGCUGGRCAGUUUUUGAGCCUUCACUGCAUUCUUCAGCUUGCCUCUCUGUAGGCCUCAGCUUUGAAGAACAGAAUCUCUGCACAUGUGCACAUCUUCCUGCUCUACCUUUACUUGAGCCGGGAUAAGCAGAGCUCUUACCUGAUAACUUUUCUUUAUAAGGUCUUCCACUACUUAUGUCUUCCACUUUAGCCCUGGAUGCAGCUGUUGCUGCUUGGGGCAGAGAUGAAGAAAUUGUUUGCAUAGGUGGCUUAAUGAAUGAUGAGGACCAGAAUAAAGGCCUUUGGUCAGCUUCA